AACGUUACGAACCGUGCUAGAGAAGAGACCGUUAUUUCGAGACGCGCACUCAAUAUUUUAAAGCAAAAACAAAAUAAAUAAACAAACCUUUUUAACAGUUAACUUUUGUUGUAGUUGUUUUUCUUUUGAUUAAGGAAAGAGAACAAAGAAUGUGUUUUGGUUAGAAAAAAAAUUAUCAAGAGAAACUAGGAAAUAAAUAAAGGGUCUGCUGCUUCUUCUACUUCCUGUAAUUUGCCAACUUCUUGUUGUUGUUUUUUAAGUUUUGCUAACAACAACAAAGUUGCCUACAUGUAGCAGUUUAAAGGAAUAACUUUUCGUGUUUUUGAGUGGUUAACGGAAUAGUGUGAAAAAAUAAACUACAAUAAAAAAUAUAGAAAAAAAAAACAUAACAACGGUUACUAUCGCAUCAAAAGGCAAAGGAAGAAAAAACGAACGAAACGAAGCAACAACAAUAACAACAACUACAAUAGAAAAUAUAAAAUUAUUUUGACUGUUUCGCGUGUGUCGUAUGCCAGUUGUGCUGCUACUUUUCUUUCAAGUAGUUGCGGGCAUAGCACUCUUCAUAUUUCUCUUACAUUAUUUAAGUUACAUUUUUAAUGCCAUCAUACGCGAUUUCUGUGAAACUCUAUUAACAACCAAAGAAUUUCUACAACAAUUGCAAGAAGCGUACGGUGCUGACGAUAACAACGACGAGCCGCAGACCAGUGUCACCAGGAAUUUUACCAAAAUUCCAAUUAAAGUUCAGAAAAUGCAACAAACAUCAGAUGAUGCUAAAUUUAUUAAAAAACGUUGGAAAGGUGGCAGUAUUGAACCUCAUCCCACUGAUAAAGCCUUAAUUGUCAAUUACCAACUGGAGGCUACAGUGUUUGGUGAACCCAAUAAUCCUAUGCUGGAAGAGAAAAAGAACUGUCAGAAAAUAAUACGUUUACGUUCAUUAAACGCCAAAACAGAUCCCGCAGCACUUGCACGUGAAGUAGUGGACAAAUGUGAUUUAAUACACAAAUCCCAGUUGGCCGAUGUAGAACAAAUAAUAUUCUAUUUGAAAAAUCGUAAAGAUAAUGCUGGUAUAGAUACACACGAUAACAAUAUGGGUCAUCAUCGAUCGGCUAUUGCCACACACCGAUCCUCGGCAAGACCUCAUACUACCAUGAGUUCUAGCAUGUCAUCUUCAACACAUUCAAAAUCAUCAGAUUCCUCAGAUGUUUCCAUUAAUCAUAUAGACGAAUAUGUUGAGUUGUUGUAUGAAGAUUUAAGCGAACGCAUACGAGGCUCGGCUAUGAUCCUACAAGUAGCACGUAACCCUGAUAAUUUAGAAGAAUUAGAAAAAAAUGAAUCUUGUUUAAGUGCUUUGUCGCGUGUAUUGCGUGAAGAUUGGCGCAAAAGCUUAGAUUUAUCUACAAAUAUUAUUUACAUAUUCUUUUGUUUCUCCACCUAUACGAAAUUUCAUUCAGUUAUAGUUCAAUAUAAGAUUGGUUCUCUAUGUAUGGAUGUUAUCGAUUACGAAUUACGUCGUUACGAAAGUAUGCGUAAUGAAUUGGAUAUUCGUAAAAAUCCUGGUGGUUCGGCUCCUCUAUCGGCAAAGGCCAGCAAGGAGAAAUUAAACAACAGCACUGAUGAUUUUCUAGAUCUCAUGAAUGAAGAAAAGCCCAAAGAGAUGGAGCCACCUCGACGUCGUAUACCCGAAUUGAAACAACGCCCCAAAUCGGGUAAUUGGUCUAGUUUUCAUAGUUCCAUGUCUUCGUCGCUUAUUAAAAGUCAAAUACUAAACAGCAGCUAUCAUGAAGCUCUCUCGGCGGGAGCUCAAACACCCGACUCAGGUAUAUCUACCAAUGGUGACAUGAAAGCCACCAGCAAUGAGGCUCUCGAUCGUAAUGAUCCGAAAAUUAAAAAGGAAGAAAUCGAUCGUCUUAAUAAGCAGUUAAAACUUUUUGCUAAGAAGCAAGAACAACUCUUAAGGGUUGCCUUCUAUUUGCUACUGAAUAUGGCUGAAAAUGUCAAACUAGAAGAGAAAAUGCGUCGCAAAAAUAUUGUCAAAAUGUUGGUAAAAGCUUUAGAUCGUCAAAAUAUAGAUCUUCUAAUGUUGGUUACCACAUUUUUGAAAAAGUUAUCCAUAGUGGGUGAUAACAAGGAUGAUAUGAGCGAACUGAAUAUAGUGUCAAAAUUACCCCGACUCUUCCAAAGUGGUCAUACGGAUCUGGUGCAAGUUACUCUAAAAUUGGUGUUCAAUUUGUCAUUUGAUGGCCAGUUAAGAAGAAAAAUGAUAGUGGCUGGUUAUUUGCCCAUGUUGGUUAUGUUUAUCAAUGAUGAAAAACAUCAUGGCAUAGUGGUAAAGAUAUUAUAUCACAUGAGUUUGGAUGAUAAGGUUAAAGCCAUGUUUACCCAUACCGAAUGCGUGCAAAUGGCCACGGAUGCUAUUAUUUUAAAUCUCAAUUCUAAAGUUGAUUUGGACUUAAUCGCUCUUUGCAUUAAUCUUUCGCUUAAUCGUCGUAAUGCUCAAAUUAUGGUCGAAGGCAAUCGUUUGCACAGUCUCAUGGAUCGUGCUUUCAAAUAUCAAGAUUCCCUACUCAUGAAACUAUUGCGCAAUCUUUCGCAGCAUGAAUCCCUUCAACCUCUAUUUAUCGAUUAUGUAGGGGAUUUGGCACGCAUUCUUACCAUUUGCGAUGAUGAGUCUUUUAUGGUGGAGUGCUUGGGCAUAUUGGGUAAUUUGUCGCUGGCCGAUUUAGACUAUUCACAGAUUUUACAAAAUUUCCAAUUGAUUCCCUGGAUAAGAAAUAUCUUAAUACCCAGUGCGAAGUUAGAUGAUCUCGUUUUAGAUACUAUUGUGUAUUUGGGCACUUGCGCCCAUGAUGAAUUAUGCGCCUUACUGUUUUGUCGCGCCAAUGUAGUGCUUUCAUUAAUUGAACUGCUAAAGGCUAAACAGGAGGAUGAUGAGAUUGUUUUACAAAUUAUUUUCGUAUUCCAACAGAUUUUGAGGCAUGAAAGUACACGCGAGUAUAUGAUUAAGGAGACAGAAUCACCGGCGUAUCUUAUAGAUUUGAUGCAUGAUAAAAAUGCAGAGAUACGUAAAGUUUGUGAUUAUUGUUUGGACAUCAUCGCUAUUAGCGAUAGCGAAUGGGCGAAACGUAUUAAGUUGGAAAAAUUCCGUAAUCACAACUCGCAAUGGUUGUGUAUGGUGGAGUCACAACAGCACGAAGACAAUAACGAAAGCUACAAUGAUGAAGAAGACGAAGAACACGAUUUGGACAACUAUUUGCGUGGAGAAUAUCUGGACAAUUGUGAACUAUAUAAUACAAAUCAACAAAAUAAAGAAAGCGAAGAUAAUGACAGUAACAACAGUAAUAAUCCAGCUAGUCCCGCCAAUUCAACCUACAGUCGUCCAGUGAGCAGUUUUAGACGCAGUCAAGAUCUUGAUGAUAUUUACAACAUGACAUUUAGUAGCAAAUCUCAAAACUCCAGCCAGGGAGACUCUAAUUAUAUGUUUAAAUCGAAUAAAUCUUUAGAUUCCGAAGGCUUACAUGAAGAGCUUUUAUUGGCUUAAAGAGAAUUAAAAAAAAGGAUUUAUUAAAAAAAAUGUGCUUAAAUUACAGCUGAAAGAAUAUAGCGAAAGGCAUUUAAUUAAAUAUGUAGUUGUUCUUUUUUUAAUUUGGGUAACAAACCAUGUUUUGCAUUUUUUUAAAGAAAUUAUAAACAAAAUAUAAACUAAGUUAUAGUGCUGAUGAUGUUUUUUUUUUUUUAAUUAGCUUUCAGUAAACUCUAUGGCAAAUUAAAAAUUAUUAAAAAAAGCCAAAUAUUUGUAGAAAUUUCUUUGCUUAGCGCACAUAAAUUUGUAGUAUAUAAACGAUUUGUUUUUUUAUUUUUAUAGUUUUAAUUAAAAAAAAAACGAGAUUUUUUAUAAUUAUUUUUAAGUUAGCGAAAAAUAAAACCAAAACGAAGCUAGUCCUUGUUUUUAACACAAAAAAGUUAAUAAAACGAAACAAAACAACAUUAAUUUUAUGUUAAAUGUUUAAUAUAUUUUGUUUAUUUAAUUAAGUUUAUUUUAUUUUAAUUAUUUUUUUAUUAUUAUUUACGAAAUAUAUGUGAUAUUUAACUUUCCUUUUAAAACAUAACUACAAUAUUAAAGAAAAAACAAAACGAACGAACAAAUCCAUAGAAAAUGAAAUUAAUAAAUUGUCCAGUUAUUUAUUUUUAGUCAAGUAUCAUUAUGUUUUUCUAUCUUUUUUGCUCUAUCUAAGAUUAUUAUUCCUAUAACCUACAAUUUAAAAUUUUGUUAAAAUUAUUUCUAUGUUUAUAAAAAAGUUGAAAUUAAAUUUUAAGUUUUUACUUUAAUUAAGUUAAACUAAUACCAAAAUGUGUUUCGUUUUUUCUUCAGUUGUUGCUUGUUUUUCUUUUAAAAAGCUUUUU